UUUCUCUGAAAAUACACUAAUCUGUUUGUGAAAAUCAGGUUAAAGUUAAAGUUGAAAUCAGGACUGUGGUUAAUGAACUUGCUCUGUACUUCAGCUAGAUGGUGAAAGGAAAGGAUCUAUGUGACACCUCAUGGCAUAGGGAGACCACUGGACCAAGGGAGAAAAUCUUCCUGAAGAGAAAGUUGUCUUGCCUCCAUUGGUCAGGAAUGUUCAUCACCAUGAUUGGUCUGGUUCUAGUCGGCAUUUCCAGUGUCUUCAAAAACAACCAAUCCAGUUCCGGGUCAAAGGUCAUCCUAGGUAUUGUGCUGAUCAUUGCCAGCCAGUUAGUCAGCGCCAGUCAGAUGGUUAUAGAGGAACUUUUCUUAAAGAAACGAGGAUCCCACCCAUUACAGGUUGUUGGUAUGGAAGGGUCUUUUGGCUUCUCAAUCAUGGCAGUGAUUGUUUUACCUGCGAUGUACUUCAUACCUGGUCCUCAGGUAAACAACAGCUACGAGAACAGUUUAGAUGCUAUAUACCAGAUAGGUAACGACUACAAACUGCUCAUCUUCUGUCUGCUUUACCUGCUGUCUAUAGCCUUCUACAAUUAUUUUGGAUUAGCUGUCACCAAGUCUUUGACAGCGGUACAUAGGACUCUCAUUGAUGCCUGUCGCACUCUCUUGGUCUGGGUUGCUGAUCUUACCAUAUACUAUGCCUUUGGAGGGAGUUUUGGAGAACCAUUUGAUAAAUACUGGGGACUCCUUCAAGUGGAUGGUUUCUUGUUCCUCUUGGUGGGCACAGCCUUGUAUAACCAACUGAUUGAUCUCUCAUGGCUGCCAUGCUGCAAACCCAGCCCUGUCCCUCUGGAGGUGCCAGGGUCUCCUGAACACAGUACAGGCCGAUAUGGGAAGAAACAGAUACAAGAGGCCUCAGAUGACGAGGUUCAACCAGAGGAGGUUGACGAGCGCACUAGGCUGCUUCAUCGAAAUCAAAAUCUCUCGGCCUUAUCAUGAUAUUGAUUCAGUAUGUUUGGUGCGUCACAAUAUUUCAUGAAGUAGUGUCCGGUCCUUGUGCGGAAUCAGAAUU